AUGGCUGCUGAUGCUAACUCCUUGCAGGAAGGAGGCACUUCUUUGGUCUCUUCUGACCUCUCUAAAAGACAAGAAGAGCCUUGGCUGCUGCAGCAGCAUUCAGGAAGUUGGCUAGGAAAAAUACCCCAUACCACCAACAUCAAGGCCGAUGCUGUGGUAGCAGGAGGCCAGCCUGAGAUGGAGCAGGAAACAGAGCCUGCUGCAGCUCCUGAAGCUCCCUUAGCUCCUUCUGACAGAAGCGCUGGAGAAGAGCUAAACUACCAGAGCGUGCAGCCCCGCAACAACAGCAACAUGGACAACCGCAGCAGCAGCAGCAUAAGCCGCGAAAAGGAGCACAGCAGUAGCAGCAGCCCAGUAGGCUACGAUGUGCAUAGCAGCACUGGUAUCGGCAGCAACGAAGUGCAAAGCAGCAGCAGCACAGUCGCCAACGAAGUGCACAACAGCAGUAGCAGCACAGUUGCCAACGAAGUGCACACCAGCAGCAGCACAGUCGCCAACGAAGUGCACAGCACCAGCGGCAGCAGCAGCACCGCCGGCAACGAAGCACAGCACAGCAGCAGCACAGUCGCCAACGAAGUGCACAGCACCAGCAGCAGCAGCAGCACCGUAGGCAACGAAGUGCACAACAGCAGCAGUAGCACAGUCGGCAACGAAGUGCACACCAGCAGAAGCACAGUCGACAACGAAGUGCAAAGCAGCAGCAGUAGCACAGUCGGCAACGAAGUGCAAAACAGCAGCAGUAGCACAGUCGGCAACGAAGUGCAAAACAGCAGCAGUAGCACAGUCGGAAACGAAGUGCAAAACAGCAGCAGCACAGUCGCCAACGAAGUGCAAAGCAGCAGCAGUAGCACAGUCGGAAACGAAGUGCAAAACAGCAGCAGUAGCACAGUCGGCAACGAAGUGCACAGCAGCAGCAGCAGCAGCAGCGCAGUCGUCAACGAAGUGCACACCAGCAGCAGCACAGUCGGAAACAGCGUGCCAAGUGGCGGCAGCAACAUUAUUGGCAAAGAAGUGCACAGCAGCGGCAGCAGCACAGUCGGAAACAACGUUCAAAACGAUGAUAGCAACAACAUAAUUGUUAACGAAGUGCACAGCAACAGCAACAACAGCACAGUCGGCAAUGAAGUACACAGUAGCGGCAGCAGCAAAAGCGGAAGCGACGUGCACUGCAGCGGCAGCAACAAAAGCGGAAACAACUUUUGCGGCGGCAGCAGCAACAGCACUGUCGGAGACGAAGCUCACAGCAAUGGUAGCAGCAAAAGCGGCAACAGAGUGCACAUCAGCAUUAGCAACAGCAACAACAGCAGCAACCACAGCAACAGUGAGGAGAACAAUAGCAAGAAUCGGCACAGAGGCCGCAACCGCAGGAACAGCAGCAGCGAGGUAAACAAUUCCAACAAUAGAGGUGGCAACAGCCACAGCAGCGAUGCCCACCUUCCUCCCAACAACAAACUGGAGAGGAAAGUAAGACGAGAAGAUCGGCGUUAUAGGCACCGUUUUAAGGCUAAGAAGCAGCAAACCCCUUUUAUGAAGUUUCGCCGGUCUUUCCGUCGCCUACUUAAACGACCAGAUCUUCUUCUUCAAUCUUUCCUCACAUUUUCUCUUAUUUUUAUGGUGGCCUCUCUAGGAGUGCGCAUUGCAGCAAAGGGAAACGUCCGACUAGAUCGCCAUCCCCCGUUCCUGCUGUUUGACAGGAGCGGUCCUUCAGCAGCAGAAGCAGCAGCAGCGGCGGCGGCGUUCGAUCCAGCAGUAUCAGCAGCAGAUGCAGAAGCAGCAGCAGCUGCUGCUAGGCUUCAAAUGGAAGUGCCGCUAUUAGAUGAAGACUUAGACGAACAACUCGUGCAAAUCAAGAAAGGGACAAAGUCGCUGCAGCGCGCGUGGAGGAAACUACCGGCAAGUGCCAAGAAGGCAUCUUUAGAAAACUUUGUAGCGUCGGGGAGGGAUGGAGAAGACCCAAUGCUGGCCUUCAAGCAGUUGGCUUCUGCAGCCUUGAGGAUGCAGCGGCCGCCUCUGCCCCCUGGGUUCGCAGACAAAUACAAAAAACACAAGUUAGCAGCAGCAGUUGCUGUUACAGAUGCAGCAAAUGCUGGAGAAACUGAGGAAGAAGUGAAAAAGGUACGGUUUAGAGAAGGGAUGGAUGGAGAAGCAACAGACGGCAGAGAGCGUGAGGCGGCGGCAGGAAGGGAUGCAGCAGAGGCCGACAGAAAACAAGGCGAAGACAACGAGGGCGACAAAGAGAAAUACAAGGAAAGGGGGGGAGGGGGGACGAACGGAAGAGAAAAAGGAGAAGACGGAGAAGGGAGAAAAGAGACGACGACUCCUCGUGAAGACGACGAGGACAUGGGAGCUUCGGUGUUGCAGACAGCGCUAAUGAACGGACAGGCGGAAGCAGAAAUGCUACAGCACGUGGAAGCAAGGAAGCUGUACAGCUUACGUUUGCUGGUGCUGCGGUGUCUGCUGCAGGCAGCACAGAAGCGGCUGGAGGGCAUUGCAAAGGCAUACCUCCAGGCGUCUUCUCGAGCAAUCCCCUGUGCUGUCUUGCAGAUAGCCGGCCGCCCUCUGCCCGUUCCUGAUCGUUUGGAAGACGACGAUGAUAGAACAGCCGAUUUUGAUUUGAUUUCCUUCAAGCUGCUGCCACGGCCGACACCCGGCAGCAGCAGCAGCAGCACCAAAGAAAGAAGCAAGCAGCAACGGGAGAAACGCAAGUCCAAGUACAGAGACGAAGAAGAAAAUGCAAAGGAUUUGCAAGACAAAAUACCAGCAGACCUUGCAAAGCGCAUCUUCGAAUCUGUUGGCCUCAUCGAUAUCUUAGCAGAAGCAGACGCAGAAGUUGUUGCAGCAUUUGAACCUCUGUGGCAAGCUCUGCAUCCAUCAACCCACACAGAACAGCAGCAAGAACUGCAGCAAUUGCAGCAGUACGACCAAGUGCAACCCACGCAGCCAGGCAUGCAACAGGAUGCACAACAACGAAAACAACUGGGGCAGAAGCAGGACAAGCACCAACAGCAGCAGGAAAAGAAGCAGGACCAACAGCAGGAUCAGGAUGAGGAGCUGGAACUGAAGAUGCAGAAGAAGCUGCAGCAGGGGCUGCUGCAGGAAGCUAUUCUAGAGGAGGCGUCGGGCGAUCACUAUUUGGCCUUGGCUUUGCCUGCGGAGGACGGCACAGCAAUAUCUACGUUUUUCCCCCUUCAGGCAUUUGAACGAGUUGCUGCAGCUGCUGCCGGCUUCCGAUCUGCUGCGCUCCUAACAGAUGCAGAAGUUGCUGCCUGGCAGCAGCAGUUUACUACCGAUCACAUGUGUGCUGAGCUUAAGGCCAUUCAUCACACAGAAAAGGAAACGCAACAGCGGCUGCUUAAGUGGAAGACACAACUCAAAGAAUUGUGGCUCGAAACAAACAAAGAUGCAACACCCAACGAUCCAUUCAUCCUCGCCCUCUUCCUCCUCUAG